AGAGCGAUCCUACAAGAGAAAGAAAGAAUCUGUACUUCCAACUUGUAACUGGGAAGGAAGCUUUACUCCUGGACGUAGACAUGCGCUGGAAAAAUGAAGUAAAAGUAGAGUGCUGCAUUGUUAGCGAGAACGACAACGAGUCUCUGUUGUCCAACGAUGAGCUUCUCGUCAUGUGUGAAGAUUGCAGAGGAGACCAAGAGCUGCUAGACAAAUGCACUGAGGACAGGAGAGUCACAAUGGGCGCGCCGGUGGAAGUUUUGGAUGAAGACGGGUCGAUGGCAUCUGCACCUCUGUUAGGUAGAACAGUGUGCGCGAGCUGCAACGAAGAAAUUGUGGAUAAAUAUUUAUUAAAGGUUAACGACUUGUGCUGGCAUGUGCGCUGUCUGUCCUGCAGCGUGUGCCAGACUUCCCUUGGCAGCCACGCCAGCUGUUACAUCAAAGAAAAAGAGGUUUUCUGUAAACUGGAUUACUUUCGAAGAUACGGCACCUGGUGUGCGUGCUGCGGCCGAAACAUCCACUCCACAGACUGGGUCCGCCGGGCGAAGGGCAACGUGUACCACCUGGCCUGCUUCGCUUGCUUCUCCUGCAAGAGGCAGCUGUCCACCGGGGAGGAGUUCGCUCUGGUGGACCAGAAGGUGCUCUGCAAAGUCCACUACGACUGCAUGCUGGACAACCUGAAGCGGGCCGUGGAGAAAGGGAGCAGUGUUAACAUGGAGGGGGCUGUGCCCACUGAGCAGGAGAUUAACCAGCCCAAACCCUCCAAGAGAGCACGGACCAGCUUCACUGCCGACCAGCUGCAGGUGAUGCAGGCUCAGUUUGCCCAGGACAACAACCCAGACGCACAAACACUGCAGAAACUGGCAGAGCAGACGGGCCUAAGUCGAAGGGUCAUACAGGUCUGGUUCCAGAACUGCCGAGCAAGGCACAAGAAGCAUGUGAGCCCCAACCACACCUCCAGUACCCCCAUGACCUCGCUGCAGCCCAGCCGCCUGUCCCAGCCCACCCCGACCCCUGAGGAGCUGCAGUACACAGCCUACGGUGGCCAGGAGGGGUCAAUGCUCUCCGCACUGCACUCCUUCAUAGACAUGCACUCCCCUCCAUCCAUGUUCCAACCGCUGCUGCCGGCCCAUGCCAUGACCUCCCUUCCUGUAUCUCACACCUGAGCUGCUCACUCACACACAGACACACACAGAGCAGCGUCAGACCUCACCAGUGAUCAUCCGUCAUUAGCAGCAGCAGCAUUCACAUCUCCACGGUAAAUAUAAUUUCAUUUUCAGGGAAGCAUCAAACCUUUUCUUUUCUUAAACUGUCAGUAAUUCAUCAGUUCAUGUUUAUAUUCUUUGAAAGCACUUAAUAUAAUUUACAGUCCUAAAUGUACUGUAAAAUGUGGAAAGGUUUUGUUGUACUUCACAGGACUGUGACAUAUGACAUUAUAGAUUUAUAUUUGUUUGUGUAGUUGGUGACAGUUUGACUGUGCUGUUAAGUGAAAGCCACCAGACCCCAAAUGUCAACUACAUAUGAAGAUGAACCUGAAAUUGUUUGUAUAGCAGUGUUUGAAUAUUGCAGUUUAAUUUAUUUAUUGUAUGUGAAGUCUG